AAAUCACCCCCCUAACUUUGUUUGACAAUGAUCUACUGACUAUGUACUGGGGGUAUUUAUCGAAUGCGAUUCAAUGAGGUCGCUAUGGAGUUCGUAUACUACGAAUUUGUUCGAAAAAUAGAAGUGUCGCGCUGUGCAUGUAAAAGCAACCGUACACUGAACACUGUAUCAGUAUUCCUAUAUACCUAACUAACAACUUAAAAAUCAAUUUACUGUUAUAUUCAACUUUCAAAAUGGUAGCCACAAAGUCUCUACUAUGCUUUAUCGUCGGAUCCAUGGCAUGGGCCAACACCAAUGCCCAACCGCGAGGCGAGCAGUCACUCUGCCGAGCGUUUGUUGAGGAAAACUGCGAGUGCAGCACUGCCACGAGCAGAGAGGAGCGAUCAAGCUGUGUUCUCGAGUGUAUCACGGGCAAUACCGAUGGGGAAGAGGUGUGUGCUAAAAUGAUCGAGAGAAUGGAAGCCCGUGAGAAAUGCCAUGCGUUUAUUGAGCAAGAAUGCGCCGACUGCACGUCUGACGACCAUCAAGCUGAGCAUACUUGUGUGCGAACCUGCUUGGAGGAGAACGACAGCGAAGGGCUGUGCGAGAUGCGCGGAAUGGGCAAAGGCAGAAAGGACGGAGAUCAUGAGAUGGAAGAUGGCGAGCAUGGACCGCAUGGGCCGAGGGGAGAUCACAAGCCCAGUGAGGAAUGCCGAGCAUUCGUCGAAGAGAACUGCGAGUGCGAGAUGGACAUGGACAUGGACAUGGAGGGCAUGGGUUCGGAAGAUAUGGAGGAGAGAGAGGAAGGAGAUGCCAAGGAAGACACGGAGGGAGACAUGCAGAAGCACAGAGGUGGACCCCAUGGAGGCCGUGGAGGGCCAAGAAUGAGUGGAGAGUUCUUUGAAUGUGUGCAUGAAUGCAUUGAGAGUCUUGAUUCCGAUGGCGUGUGUGAGCGUGAGGAGAAGGAAGUUGAGGCUGACGAUACCGAAUAGAUAUACAAUCUGCGACUGACUUGCAGGUUCGUUCGUAUAUAUGAUGGACUAUUGCCUCAGUGUUGAGUGAGCUCGCAUCCGCCACCCAACAUUUUUGUUCAUCUAAGCUACUUCCAAUAUGAUAAAAAUAAAAUACAACUAAAUACAUACUUGAUCUAAACUUCAGGAGGAAUCUGAAUUGACAGACAAGUUUGAAUUCACCGCCUAAUUGAUCACAUCUAAGACCCAAUCGUCAUCCACAAACUGAUGCCUUGUAUAG